UGUUUAAUGUUACAUGACACGAUACUUACUCAAACGUGGAUUUUAAAGCACUGUUGAUUAAGGUAUACAACUGUUGCCGUAUUGGUCUACUACACCUUGUGGUAGUUUUAGUCCUGAUUUAGCAACUUUUAAAAUGUUUCAGAAUCUGUUCGAUACAAAAUCGAUAAUUGUACUGCAUAAUUGAGCACGGUCAUUUAUAGAUGUUUUUCGUGUGAUGGUAAAGAAAUAGUCCACUCAAUGUAUAAUAAAAUAGAUAAACUGUUAGCAUGCAAAAAUAAGCUUGUGUGUUAUAUGGCGGUGAAUAUUGUGCUAGGCCAGUUAUUGUUCAACAGAGGGCGCUGUUUUUCCAGAGACUCACUGACGUUGGGAAAAGAAUGUGAAGUUCAUGGUAGUAAUGCACAAUGUCUAUGUAGUAAUGUAGCAUUAGUAAGAUUCUUGUCACAUAAAUUCAAAAUAGAAACUGUAGGCUACAUUUCCGUUAACUGUUACUGCAAACGUCCCACGAUUAUGUUUUGAGAUUACACUCCGCUUUCAUAAUAUUCAACGUGACAUGUUCAAGACGGUGGACUUCGCUCCGUUUAAGUUUGUUUUUGAGAAGGCAGUUAAAUAUUAUAGUUAGUCGACCUACUAUAUCGCGGAGAGCUAGAGAUUCUCUACAAUUUUCUGUGUGGAUUCUUGUAAUAUUAAACAGCUAAAUUUAAGUGGCAUAACAUUUAAAAUCUAAUCACAACAAACAUGGCAAAUCGACCAGUGCAGAAGGAGACCAGCAGGAGACCACACUUCCUACAGUUCAACAACCUCGCAUGCGAAACAGCUGGAGGAAAGGUGAUUUUUGCCACAGAUGAGUGGUUUGCCCCUGCUAGAAAUCUUCUAAAGAGAGACCCUCCAGAAUUCAUAGCCACAGCGUUUACUGAAUACGGAAAAUGGAUGGAUGGCUGGGAAACCAGGAGGAAAAGAAUUCCAGGUCACGACUGGUGCAUCAUUCAGUUAGGAGUUCCAGGAAUUAUUCAUGGCUUUGAUGUGGACACAUCUUUCUUCACGGGGAACUAUGCACCAUACACCUCCAUUCAAGCUGCGUGUCUUGAUCAGAUGCCGUCAUUCACUCUUGAAGGAGAUCGUACAGGCAUGGCAGCUUCCCCAAGCCAGUUCAAAGCUGUAGAACAGCUUAACUCAGACAGCUGGGAGGAGCUUGUCCCGAUAACAAAGCUGAAGCCGGGGUACUCUGAAUCAUGCCACAACUACCUGAAUGUCACCUACCCACACAGAGUUACCCAUAUCCGCAUUAACAUAUAUCCAGAUGGUGGCAUUGCGAGGCUGAAAGUUUAUGGGAUUGGGAAGAAAGACUGGUCCACUGUGUCUAGUCAAGACCUAGUGGAUCUUGUUGCCCUGGUCAAUGGGGGCGUAUGCGUAGGCUACAGCGACGCCCACUUUGGUCACCCAUGCAAUAUGAUUGGUAUAGGGAGGGCUGACAACAUGGGUGAUGGGUGGGAGUCAGCCAGACGCCUGGAUCGGCCCAAAGUUUUAAAGGUGGAUGAGAAAGGGAUUUUACAGGUGCCAGGUUUUGAGUGGGCUAUUCUUAGACUAGGACAUCCUGGCAUCAUAAGCAAAAUUGAGGUAGACACCAACCAUUUUAAAGGAAAUUUCCCAGACUCCUGCCAGAUUGAGGCCUGCUGUUUGACCCCAGAUGAGGAGAACAACUUGAUUCGUAACCAGUGGUGUUCUGACAAAACCCCCAAGUGGAGAAUUCUUCUUCCUCCUCAUAAACUGAAGGCACACCACAGGCAUAUGUUUUCUGGGGAGUCUGUGGUGCAGUGUGGGCCUGUGACUCAUGUGCGUCUGGUCAUAGCUCCCGAUGGAGGGGUCAGCAGACUCAGACUCUGGGGUCGACCGGUGUCGAACAACAUGACUCGCCCUCAGCAAAUCUCCAAACUGUAAUGGCAUCAUGUACUUUCAACACACAGUUACAGAAGAAUGAAGGUCAUCUGUUGUGAUUUAAAAUAUGAACACAAUAAUGUUAAUAACAACACUGAAGACUGAGAACAUACUAUGUACAAAUCAAUACCUAAUAGCCUUAGCUGUGGUACAGUAUACAAAUGAAUUACUGUCAAGGCCAAUGUUUCAGAAAACAACAA